CCUUAUAACGACGAAUGAUUUUGGCCCGCCAAUUUCAAAUGUCGCCGGAGUACAAACUCUCCGCCGUCAAUACUUUGCUUCUCUCCGCCAGAACACACCUCCACAAUCGUCGUUUCUCCACAGAAAUCAAGCUGUAAGUUCCCCUUUUUCACUCCUGCUCUUUCUCUCUCCUCCUCCUCACUGUUUCUCACGAGACAAAAACCCUAAUCCCUAUUUCCCAUAAGAUAAUUCGAAUUGGGAAUUGAGAUUCAGCACUUUGUACUCCUUCCACACAAAGAAGGCAUCUUUAGUAAUGAAAUUCAUCUUUUAACACCCUCUUUACCAUUAGUCGUGAUAUUUUCUUUUACCUUGCCGAGAUUGCUCAAGACUGAACUAAAUGAUAUGUUGAUACCAAAUUACCGACAUAGCUGAACUUUAUGGACCUAUAAUUAGGUUGAAUUCACUGUAAUGUGGAAUUAGAAAAUACCAAUAUCACCUCCAUUUUUAAAAAUCAUGAUAUCUGAAGCCAUAAUACGCUAAAAGAUCCAUUUGUAUUCGAAUUGGGUCCACCAUUUAGAGCUUCCAAAAAAAAGGAAAGAAAAUGGAGAACCCAAAUUCACAGGGUUCGAUCUCAAAGAGACCUGUCAGAAAGAGGGUAGCGUCAAGGAAUUAUAAUGAGAAUUUGAUGGAUGAGUUGAUAGAGGAGCAUUUGGGUGGUUCUGUGAGGAAGAGGAAUAGAACAAAGAAAGAUCUGGAGAAAGAAACUGAAACAGAGGCAAUGAUUGCUCUUUCUUUGGGCUUCCCCAUCGAUGACCUUCUUGAAGAAGAAAGAAAGGCUGGAGUCGUAAUUGAACUGGACGGAAAAGAGCAAAAUGAUUACAUUGUUGUGAGAAACCAUAUUCUUGCAAAAUGGAGGGAGAAUGUGCAUAUUUGGCUGUCCAAAGGAAAGAUAAGGGAAACAGUAAGUGCGGAGUAUGAGCAUUUGGUGGCCGUAGCAUAUGACUUUCUUUUGCAUAACGGGUAUAUAAAUUUUGGGGUUUCACCAUCAAUUGUAUCUCUUAUUCCCGAGGAACCUAGUGAAGGGUCUGUAAUUAUUGUUGGUGCUGGACUUGCCGGUUUAGCUGCAGCAAGGCAACUGAUGUCAUUUGGAUUCAAGGUGGUUAUCCUUGAAGGUAGGAACCGACCUGGAGGAAGAGUUUAUACUCAGAAAAUGGGACGGAAGGGCAAGUUUGCUGCUGUGGAUCUUGGUGGCAGUGUCAUAACUGGUAUCCAUGCGAAUCCUUUGGGAGUUUUGGCUAGACAACUUUCCAUUCCGCUUCACAAAGUUAGAGAUAAGUGUCCUUUAUACAAGCCUGAUGGAGCUCCUGUUGAUGCAGAAAUUGAUUCCAGAAUUGAACUCAUUUUCAAUAAGCUACUAGACAAAGUUACCGAGCUAAGAAAAAUAGUAAGUGGAUUGGCUAGUGAUAUCUCGUUGGGCUCCGUUUUGGAGAUGCUUAGACAACUAUAUGCUGUGGCUAAAACUACAGAGGAGAGGCAACUUCUGGAUUGGCAUUUUGCAAACUUGGAAUAUGCAAAUGCUGGAUGCCUCUCGAAACUCUCUGCUGCCUAUUGGGAUCAGGAUGAUCCUUAUGAAAUGGGUGGUGAUCAUUGUUUUCUUGCCGGUGGAAAUUGGGGUGUAAUCAGAGCACUGUGUAAAGGAGUACCUAUAUUUUAUGGCAAGACUGUUCAGACAAUAAAGUAUGGACAUGAAGGAGUUGAAGUCGUUUCUGGGGACCAAGUUUUCCAGGCAGACAUGGUCCUCUGUACUGUUCCUCUUGGGGUACUCAAAAGAAGAACAAUUAGAUUUGAACCAGAGUUACCUGAGAAGAAGCUUGAAGCUAUUGAUAGGCUAGGAUUUGGGUUGCUGAAUAAGGUUGCCAUGGUAUUCCCUCAUGUUUUUUGGGGGGAAGACUUGGAUACCUUUGGUUGCCUCAACCUCUAUAGCCAUAGACGAGGAGAGUUCUUCUUAUUUUACAGUUACCAUACUGUUUCUGGGGGUCCAGUACUUAUUGCACUUGUUGCUGGUGAUGCUGCUCAACUUUUUGAAUCCACAGAGCCGACCACUAUAAUUAAUCGAGUUAUGAGCAUUCUCAAAGGCAUCUAUGAGCCAAAAGGCAUAAGCGUGCCUGAUCCUAUACAAUCCAUAUGUACAAGGUGGGGAAAUGAUCCCUUUUCAUUUGGCUCAUAUUCACAUGUUCGUGUUCAGUCUUCUGGCAGUGAUUACGACGUACUCGCAGAAAAUCUUGGAGGUCGGCUGUUUUUUGCUGGAGAGGCUACGAUUCGACAACAUCCAGCCACCAUGCAUGGCGCCUAUUUGAGUGGCUUAAGAGAAGCUUCUCGCAUUUCCCAGUCCAUGAAAGUGAGGCAAAACAAUCCAAGGAAAACUGUACCAAAGAAUGUCGGACCAGGCAAUGAUGUACUGGAAGAGUUGUUCAAGAGGCCAGAUCUUGCAUUUGGGGACUUCUUGUUUGUAUUUGAUCCCUUGACUUAUGAUUCUAAAUCGUUAGGACUCAUGAGAGUUACUUUUGCAAACUCCAACGAUGAACUUAAUGCAGAAUUGUCUUGUGGCAAGGAGGCAGAUAAUAUGCCUCAGCAUCUAUUAAAUCAACCAUUGCAGCUUUAUACAGUUGUGUCUCGUGAGCAGGCGCUUGAGUUGCAGUUGGUGAAGGGUGGAAAUGAUUGUAAAUUGUCAUAUUUGUUUAAAGGUCUUGGCUUGAAGUUACUGGGAGCUAAUGCAUUAGGAAUUCUAGGCAACUCUUUAGCUGCUAACAUUUCUAAUUCUCGAAAAGGCAGAGGCCGGAAUCGAAGUUAUGGUGCCCAACAGAAUGCAAGCUACACUAAUAUUCAGCUAUCUUGAGUAAUGCUGAAUGUAUCUUCAAAUUUGUGGAAUGCAGUAGAGAUGGCACUCAUUUACAUCUUACAUUGACUGACCAGGACAAAUAUUAGUAUGUUAGUUAGAGUCAUAGCAUGCAUUCAUGUUGCGCGCUGGUACAUCUUGUGCAACCGGCGAUGUAGUAUGUGCUCCAAGACCUCAUUCAGAUACUGUUUUAGCUGUGAAGUUGAGUAAGCCAUGGUGAAAAAGGAUUGAGGAAUCGGCACAUUUGCAUCUGGCUUGAGAGUUUCAAGCCUUCCUGUUCUGUAUCUGUUGGUUUUGUUGUGGAUAUUCUUUUGUAUGUUUGUCCUUAGUACUCCUGGAAAAAGCAAAGAGUAGACUAAAAGUUUUUUUAGUCCCUUUUGUAGGCGAACUUGUAUAACUUUUGGAAUAAAAGAAACAAGUAGGAUGGGGUUAGACUUGUUGUAAACUUGUACCAGUAAAGAGCUGAAAAUGAAAAAGAAAUAUAGUCGAAUGCAUGUCA